UAUAUAAUUACUGUAAAAACUUAUGCAGCUAAAACCUUCUGUAUAUGUAGACAUUCAGCAUGGCACAAUUUCAUCAACCGGAUCGUACUUCAUAUUAUGAAGUUCAUAACACGUACGUACUUUUGUUUGGCAAAAAUACGCAGCCAACAUACACAAACUCUUCACUUUAAACAAGUGAAGAGAAGACGAAAAUUAUUAGUUGGCAAAUUUUCCGUCAUCCGCCCAAUUAAAGUCUUAAAUGCUUCAAUUGGUGUCAACUGUCCAUACAUGCUUAUGCUUAAUUCAGUCGAUGAGUGUGUCAACAAGAUACUACGCACUCUGCCCUUACGUACAUACACACUUACAUUUCAAAUACACAGAAAGUAAAACAAAAUUUUAAGAAUUUUGUUUCGAAUAGAGUGACGAAAAUAUAUUAUUUAUGCAAAUACACGGUUAAAACGAGAUCCUAUUUUCCUUUAUUUAUCUGACUCGAGAAUGGAGAAAAUCCCAGUCAGGAUCAUCUUGUGGCUUGUCGUAUUCGGGUUCGUCUUAUUUAAGUUGGUUUGGGGAGGGACGCCAAACCCAAACCGACGGAUCUCCAUGUUGAAAAAUUAUGAUAAACUUGCUCUGCCCAAUUUUAAAUUAAAUCGAAAGUUCAACGAAAGCUUGGUCACCGUGACCCUUGGAUCACUAACAUUAACACACUUCAGUAUCGAGGAAGAGAAGCAAACUUUUGAACUGGAGGCUUGGCCUUACUUUUCCUGGCGAGACAAUAGAUUGGCGUGGCAGCCAGAAAACAAUGAGUCUGGAAAUGGAAAGAUACAUUUUUCAUCGAGUGAAAUUUGGCUCCCUGACAUUCUUCUUUAUAACAGUGCACAACCUACAAAUUUGAAUAUCUAUGGGCUGUCUCAAGCUAUCGUAAGCAGAGAUGGAACUGUUAGCUGGGUUCCUCCUUCCAAAUUUGUUGUAUAUUGCGACUUGAACCUUCGCAAAUGGCCGAGAGAUCUUCAAAAAUGUACGGUAAAACUCGGUUCCUGGACGCAUGACUCGACUGAGAUUGACAUGCAAUUUGGGAAGGUGGAGGGCGAGGAUGAGAAAGUCAAGGUAUUGGAAGAUUUCAAAAAAGAGGACAUGGAGUGGGAACUAGUAGAUAAAAAGGCCAUCCGAGAAAGUCGAUCGUACGAAUGUUGUCCAGACGAAAGCUACACCUCCAUCACAUACCAAUUCAAUAUUCAGCGGAAAUCAUCACUCUACACCUACACCGUCUUUUUGCCUGCAGUUUUGAUUUCUUUUGUCAACCUGGUAUUGUUUCUGCAACCGGCGGAUAGCACGGGAAGGGUCACUGUGGCUGCCGUUAAUUUUUUGGUCAUCAGUUUGUUUCUAAUUUUCUUCAGGACACGGCUUCCAGAAGUUGAUCACGUUCCUUACAUUGUUAUCCUGUAUGGUUGGAACCUCAUUCUGGUUACACUGAAUAUCCUCACGUCGGCGCUUGUGAUUAAUCUCCUCAUCGGAUCCAGUACUCCACCCCGUUUUCUCCAACCCAUAUACAACCCCACAUUUCUUUCCAUUCUUUGUCUCCAACAUGUUCAAGCAUCCGAUAGGAGAAAAUCACAAAUUGGCGGAAGCAUAAUGAAAAGAACAACAGACGAUGCGGAAGCAAGUCGGGAAUUUGCCGAGACUAGGACGGGAAGAGUGUCAGAAUGGGUGCUUUUGGCAGCUACCGUUGAUCGAUUGUCAUUUGUGCUUUAUUCCACAAUCACAUUUAUUCUUCUGGCUUGUUUCUGUUGAGGGAGCUAACAAUAAUUUGAGUAUCAAUCGUAUACUAUGUCGGAGAUGAUCAUUUUACAUCUUGCUUGAUGGAUCUUGUUACACCUGAAAAAAACGAAGAAUAAAAGAAAAAUGCACAAAAUAAACUUCGACAUCAAAGUUA